AGACUCUUGUUCUCAAUGAGGAUCUCAGUGAACGUCCGUUUGCAUCGCGUGAUCUCGCUCAGUUCAUCUGUAAGAUGAAUCAUCUAGAGAAGCUCACACUCUACGGUCAGUAUCAUGAUGACUUCUACUCAACAGCAUCAUCGAUGGCAACAACUACAAAGCAAAUAGACACUCUUGAUCUCUAUGCUGAUCCCAGUGAACGUCCGUCUGCAUUACGUCACCUUGCUCAGUCCCUUUGUACAUGUUGUAAGAUGAAUCAGCAUCAUGAUGACUUCUACUCUUCAUCAUCCUCGAUGGCCUCGACUGCAAAGGAUCAAUGCAACACGAGCUCAACUUUGACUGAUCUGACCGUUACUCAUGUGACACUGAAAAGAUGGCAGGAUUGUGGAUCGAUGUUUGACAAUGUGAAGAGGAUAACCAUACAGGUACAGGGCACGAUCAGAUGUGACGUCAUCCAGAGAAUCCAUCUACCAGCAGUGACAGAAGUCACCAUUCAAACAAAUGAGCGUAGAUUUCGCCCGGUUUCUCUCCGAUAUGAUCCCACUUCACUACCCAAUGCAUUCCACAAGGUCUCAUCUCAGCUUGUCAAGGUCACAUUCACAGAUCUCAACAUCGGUAACGAUCAGACCGAACACACAAUUCAAGCUUUCAGAUCAACACACGAUCUCAAACAUCUUAGGAUCCUGGGAUUCAUAAGAUGUGGGACUGAUGAGAGCUUAGAUCCUUCUAGCAUUGAUUCUAAUGAUGAACAUAGGAUACAGGUGGAGAUAGUACAUGGCAAACAAGAGAGGUAGUACUUUCGAAGAUGAAGUUGCGGCAUCAAGGCCAUGACGACUCAGACGAUCCUAACAUGGCAGCCAACAUGAAACAAAGGGGUUGUUUUUAUUUCGGUUUAUCGUACAGUAUUCGGAAUAGUUAAAUAGGUAGAUAUGAUCCCGCUGUCGAUCAGUUGGCAACGUCAUGAACGUCAUGACUUGUACUAUGACAGCUAAAUGACCGACCUGGGCGUUAUACCAGGGGGUAUUAAAAUGCAUCUGAUGUUAUAGGGCUCCAUGGUGUCAGUACACUUUGUCAAAAAAGGACAACAUAUGUUUGGAGCCGAGUAAAUUAACAUUUUUCAAUUUUAUGUGGUUCAAUCAAGUUUUAUAUUAUUGUAAAUUCAUUAAACAUUACAAAAUUGUAUAAUUUAAAAAGUAAAAAAAGAAAAAAACAGAGUAAUGGACAACAUCGACUCUCUCAAUUGCAUAUUAUUGCUUAUAGCUAUUUUGAGUAAAAAACGAAACUUUGUCAAAUCUUUUUUAUUUCACUUCCGAUAAUUUUCAGCGUAAUGCUCAGUCGUUAGAUUUUUCUUUACUAAUUAAAAUCAACUUUUUUCUAAGGUGGACCUGACCCUUUUUUCCCCCGAUCAGAUAUAAACUUUCGUUAAGAAAUUAUUGAAUUUUCGUUCACAAUCGAAUUUUUGAUGCAAGAUACGGUAUGCUAAUUUUCUUGUUUAUUUAUUUUACAUUUAUUUUUCACAUUGCUGUGAUCUUGGUUAGAAACAAGUUAUCGUUUUAAUGUCUGAUAUGAGAAAGAAUGUUGUAUCUACAUAUCCUUUGUAAAUAUGGUAACUACAUGAUUUGUAUAAAAACUAGUUUUAGGUGAGAAAUGUAAGCUACCUAAUACUAUAUGUGUUUAUUAAAGUAACAAUUAUUUACAUUGCUGAUUGCAUCAUUGGUUCGAUGACUUGUAUAUGUAGCAUUUAGAUUGAUCGGCUAAAAUUACUCCGAUGACUAUGUCAUCUCAUAAUUUCAUUUAAUUUUUAAAUCGUUCAUUUCCCGCGAUUACACUAUGCAGGCCGGGGCCGCGGAACUGUUUUCAAAGUGUGUGGGUGUGGGGGCUGACCAUGCACAAAAUCACAAUCAUAUGGUCAUUUUAACGUUUUCGCGGCCCCUGCUAUGUUUUGUUUGUACAUCUUCCCAUAAUAAGCAGUACAACAAAGACAAUCAAUCAUACAAACUGGUAUGAAUGGAGGAUGUUGCAUGAAGAGCGUAUCCUCUAUUUAAAAUAAUCGUGUAAGGAGUUUAAAUAAUUAAAACAAAAGGUAUGAAAUUAAAAAGUAAUGACACAAAAGAGAUCAAGAUAACCAUUUCUGUCAGUAAAGGGCAGUAAAAUGAAUGUGAAGUACAUGGCAUACCUUAAACAGGCGUGCAGGAAACCAUGGGUUAUCAGUCACAAAUGGUUCGCAAUUAAAGUUGAAGUAAAAAAGAAUGAUGUUCAACAUGUUAAACAAUCUUUACAAACCUCACAAUGUUGCUGGUUGCUGCAUAAGUAUCGAAUCUUACAGUACCGGGUGUAAAUUGUAUAAAAGAUGUGGUACAUGUAUAUACUAAUGAGCAUUAUGUUGCUUGAACGUAACUCUGUGUAUUUUUGUUGUUUUUUUUGUUUUCCAUUGCUGUAAUUGUUCUUAUAUUUGGAGUACGCCUAACAAGCGCACGUGAUAUGAUGUUGUAUAUACAUCUCUAUGUC